GCGGUUCCAGGCUCAUCUUCUUCCGCCAAUCCUUUCGGUGCUCUCGCCAACGCUCUUAUCGGCUCUUCUUCCAAGACACAGUGGCUUCUACGGCGUCGUUUUCUCAUGCUUCUGUUCAAUUCACGCGCAGGAAAGGUUGAAGGAGAUACCUCACUCCACGCCCACAGCUUCUGAGCCGCAGUUUUAUCCGGACGCCCAUGGCCACCUGCAGCAACUCCCUGGCUCGGAGUUUGAGCAGCCGUUUAUGCAACCUGGCACUCAGAGCUCGGACUUUCUUCGAAACUUCAACUCUGUUGACGGCAAUAGACUACUUGACAAUGCAUGGGAUGAGAUACAGAGUUCUCAACCUCCGCCUAUGCAUGUUCCUCAACUUGACCGCAUUUAUGAUCUUGGAGCUGCUCCUCAGCUUCAACCGACUUUGGAUGGGCCACCACAAAGGGUGUUGUCAAGCUUUUUGCACUCAUUUGUUGAAAGUAGCCGUGGUGGAAUGCCUUUCCGUCCGGCUCCACUUCCAGUGUUAGGAUUGUCCGCUGGUGACAAAUGGUGCAUACGUGAUCGCACCAGCAUCAUGGCCCGACAUUUUUUUGCAGAUAAAAGUGAAGAUUUUAUUAAUGGGCAGGUAAAUGCACUUCUAUCUUCUUUAGAUAUUGAGAGUGAUGUCAACAGUAAAGGACCUCUGCCUGCAAGGUUUCGGGAACUGGAGGAUUAUUGGAAUGAAUCCCAAGCUAUAAUGAAACCUGGUGCUCACGCUACAGAAGGAUGGGUGACUGAAUUUAACCAACACAGAGUAGAUCAUGGUGAUCCUAAUGCGUGGGCUCACUCAUUUGAGCGACAACAUGGUGCCAAUGGUUGGGCCUCCGAAUUUGAGCAGGAACAGUCCCAGUUGAUUUCUGCAGAUCAUAUGAGAGGUGCAAAUAUGGCAAACUUAGCUGCAAUGGAGCAGACUCGUAUGCUUGAUACACUAGCUCAGAAUGAUGACCCAAAGUUUCAGAAGUCGAGGUUUCUCCAGUUUGUGUCAAAGAUGAGUCGUGGUGAACUCAUUAUCGAUGAUAACCAAGUCAAGCCUGCCACAUCAUCUGCAUCUGGGGAUUGGGCGGGGGAAUAUCAACAACAGUAUAAUGCAGGUCCUAAUUGGGCUGACAAAUAUGCCCGUGGUGAGCUAUCUCAUGGACCCAAUCAAUGGGCAAAUGAGUUUGCUUCUGAGCAAGAGCAGCAUGGGUCAGUUGAUGAUCAGUGGGUCAAUCAGUUCCCUAAGUUGCAUGUUGAUGACUGGGCAGAGGAAUUUGGAAAUCAGGUUGGUGAAGGAAUCUUGGGGGAUACUUCAGCUGAUACCUGGGCUAAUACAUAUGAUGAGUACCUAAAUGAGCAAGUAGCUUCCAAACAACAUUCUGAUGCUUCAAGGGGGGUCUAUGUGUUUUCUGAUAUGAAUCCUUAUGUCGGUCACCCAAACCCACUAAAAGAAGGCCAGGACAUGUUCCACAAGGGCCUUUUGAGUGAAGCAGUGUUUGCUUUAGAAGCUGAAGUUCUCAAGAACCCUGAAAAUGCUGAAGGUUGGAGGCUACUUGGAAUAGCACAUGCAGAAAAUGAUGAUGAUCAACAGGCCAUUGCAGCUAUGAUGCGUGCACAGGAGGCUGAUCCAACAAAUCUCGAAGUGCUUCUUGCUCUUGGAGUGAGUCAUACAAAUGAAUUGGAGCAGGCUGCUGCUUUAAAGUAUUUAUAUGGAUGGCUACGCCAUCACCAAAAGUAUGGGGUGCUUGCCCGACCAGAGCUGUCGGAUUCUUUGUACUAUGCUGAUGUUGCUAGAUUAUUCAAUGAAGCUGCUCAAAUGUCACCUGAAGAUGCUGAUGUGCAUAUAGUACUUGGUGUCCUUUACAACUUGUCAAGAGAAUAUGACAAAGCCAUUGAGUCCUUCCGAUUAGCUUUGAAACUAAAGCCGCAAGAUUACUCUCUCUGGAACAAGCUUGGAGCAACACAGGCAAACAGUGUUCAGAGUGCUGAUGCGAUAUUGGCUUAUCAACAGGCACUAGAUUUGAAGCCUAAUUAUGUUCAUGCGUGGGCAAAUAUGGGUAUCAGUUAUGCCAACCAGGGCAUGUAUGAGGAUUCCAUUCGUUACUAUGUCCGAGCACUUACCAUGAAUCCGAAGGCAGAUAACGGUUGGCAAUAUUUGAGAAUUUCUUUGAGCUGUGCUUCUAGGAAUGACAUGUUGGAAGCCUGUGAUUCUCGGAAUCUAGAUGUUCUGCAGAAGGAGUUUCCUUUAUAA